AUGAGUCACUUAAUGUCGUUGCCAAUUGUGCUGUUGAAGGAAGGGACGGAUACUUCUCAAGGAAGAAGCCAAAUAAUUAGGAAUAUCAAUGCAUGUCAGAUUAUUGUAGAUAUAGUUAAAACAACUUUAGGUCCUAGAGGUAUGGAUAAAUUAAUAUAUACUGAUAGAGAUGUUACUAUUACUAAUGAUGGUGCUACAGUAAUGAAUUUAUUGAAUAUUAGUCAUCCAGCUGCUUCAAUAUUAGUUGAUAUAGCUAAAUCUCAAGAUGAUGAAGUAGGUGAUGGAACUACUUCUGUUGUUGUUGUAGCAGGUGAAUUAUUAAAUGAAGCUAAAGGUUUAUUAAAUGAUGGUAUUGAAUCAAAUAUGAUUAUUGAUGGAUUUCGUAAUGCAUGUAAUGUAGCUAUAAACAAAUUAAAUGAAUUAAGUUUAAAUUUUUCUAAUAAGAAUGAAGAAGAGAAAAGAAAUAUUUUAUUAAAAUGUGCUCAAACAGCUUUAAAUUCGAAAUUAGUUUCUAAUCAUAAAGAAUUUUUUGGUGAACUAGUUGUUAAUGCUGUUUAUAAAUUAGGUGAUAAUUUAGAUAAAUCAAAUAUAGGUAUUAAAAAAGUUACUGGUGGUUCUUGUUUAGAUACUCAAUUAAUUUAUGGUGUUGCAUUCAAAAAAACCUUUUCUUAUGCUGGAUUUGAACAACAACCAAAAACUUUUAUUAAUCCAAAAAUUUUAUUAUUAAAUGUAGAAUUAGAAUUAAAAGCAGAAAAAGAAAAUGCUGAAGUCAGAAUUGAAAACCCUAAUGAAUAUAAUUCAAUAGUUCAAGCUGAAUGGGAUAUUAUCUUUAAAAAAUUAAAUCUAAUUAAAGAUAGUGGUGCUAAUAUUGUUUUAUCAAAAUUACCUAUAGGUGAUAUAGCUACACAAUUUUUUGCAGACCAUGAUAUAUUUUGUGCUGGAAGAGUAGAAGAUGCUGAUUUAAAAAGAACAGCAAAUGCAACUGGAGCUAUAGUUCAAACAUCCUUAUUUAAUUUAAAUAAUGAUAUAUUAGGUACAUGUGGUGUUUUUGAAGAAGUACAAAUAGGAAAUGAAAGAUAUAAUAUUUUUAAAGAAUGUUUAAAAACCAAAUCUGUAACACUUAUUUUAAGAGGAGGAGCAAAACAAUUUAUUGAAGAAGUAGAAAGAUCUAUUAAUGAUGCUAUUAUGAUUGUAUUAAGAUGUAUAACUAAUUCAGAAAUCGUACCUGGAGCUGGAUCUAUAGAAAUGCAAUUAUCAAAAUAUCUAAGAAUCUAUAGUAGAUCUAUUUGUAAUAAAGAACAAAUUGUAUUAUUUUCAUUUGCUAAAGCAUUGGAAUCUAUACCUAGACAUUUAUCACAUAAUGCAGGAUAUGAUUCAACAGAUAUAUUAAACAAAUUAAGAAAAAAACAUUCUGAACAAACUAGCGAUAUCUGGUAUGGAGUAGACUGUAUGGAAGGAGAUAUUAUUAAUGCAUAUGAUCAUUGUAUUUUCGAAGUAACUAAAAUAAAAAGAAAUGUUAUAUAUAGUGCUACUGAAGCGGCAUGUCUAAUUUUAUCCAUAGAUGAAACUAUAAAAAACCCAAGUAGUUCUGCAGGAACACAAAGAAGUCCAUACUCAUAA